AUGAUCGGGCCGCCGCCCUCUUCCUACCCCAGCCAGGUCCCGCCGCCAGCCGCCGUGAUUUCGCGGGAAAACGAGGAGAAAAGCUCCGGUUUUGACAGAAACUUCACCGGCUUCGUUCUCCGUCGUCCAGCCACCAGUUCAGGCAACGUAGGCAACUCGAUUUACGAAUUGGGUUUCGACCGGAUUUCAAGGGGAGAUUCCGGCCACUUCCGGUCGGUUUUUGGGGUACGUCCAAGAACAAAAGUGACUCCAAAUUAG